AGUUCACUGCAGACCUGGCACCGUCCAAGGACAAAGGGAGUUGCACCAGAGGCUACAAAUGAUAUGACAGUGUGUAAACCUGUGGCAAGGGAAAAAACCAGGAUUAGGACUAGCGUGAAGUGCACACUGUACAGAGCGUAUGCAGGUCCUCUUCCAGAUCCUCAUAUUGAAGCCAGCGGGGAGAAACUAAAAGAAAUCCGUCCACAACCAGGAAUAUGCAAGUUGCUUUAUGGACUGCAAAACCUUACUUUAGUGGACUCUAAAUUUGGUCCUGUGCCAUUUGGUUCUGUGCUCUCAUAUCAGUGUCCUCCUGAAAUGAGCAGAGACAUAAUCAAACAUCCAGAUGCCCCUGAGUUCCCUCAAUUACCUGUUGACGGCUACAGCUUUAGGUUUCCACUAGAUUUUGAGCCUAAUUAUAGGCAACUUUGCCAUUUAGAGAGCCUUAAGAUAUCACGUAAGAUCUGUGCUGCUAUUGAAGCAGAAACCAGACAGCAAUCAGAAUGCCAGCUGUGGACAGAGGUACGCAAACCCCGACUUACAGCCAGCAGGUUCCGUGAAGUAUGCCAUGUGCGUGGUCAGUCUUCUGCCAAGGCCUUGGCAACUCGUAUUCUCAGAAGAACUCCCCAGACAGCUGCUAUGAAAAGAGGGUUGGAUCUGGAACCUGAAAUACUGAAGCAAUAUUCUGAUUUGUUUGAUGUCUCUGUGAUGCAAUGUGGGUUUAUCAUUCAUCCUGACGCACCUCACCUUGGAGCUAGCCCUGAUGCUAAAGUCUUCAACCCUAAGGAAAUGCCUCCAUUUGGGUUAGCUGAGGUAAAGAGUUGCAAUGUUGACAAUGUGGCACAAGUUAAUCACCUAGUUACAAUUAAAGGCCAGGCUUGCCUUAAGAAGAGUCAUAAAUACUAUUAUCAGGUUCAGGGCCAAUUGGCUGUAAGCGGACUUCAGUGGUGUGAUUUUAUUACAGAUACCCACACUGACUUCACAGUUGAGAGAAUAUUUAGGGAUGAGGAGCUUAUCCUCUCAAUGAGACAGAGGCUUGAUCAUUUCUAUCAUGACAUCUACAUGGAUGUUUUCUUAAAUGGUAAACCUUGAGAAAAUGAUUGUUAUAAAAUUGAUAGGCCUUUUGUAAAUACUCUCCCUAUCACAAAUGGGCUAAAGUUGUGAACUUGAGGCCAUUUGUGUAUGCUCCAUGUUCAUUUUGUAAUAUAAUUAUUCUAUUAAUGUUUGCAAUUGAUGGCCACAAAUCUUCUUUGUUCCACAAUAAAAACGUUAAUUUGAA